GUAUCUCACCGGUGUUGUGUGUAGUGUGGAAGACCAUGGCUAUCUCAUUGAUUUGGGAAUUGGUGGGACUAAAGCUUUCCUACCUCGACAGAAGGCUGAAGUGUAUAUAAACCAGACCAGCAAAGGAAUUGGGUUGAGAGUGGGGCAAUAUCUGGACUGUGUGAUUGAAGAGGUGAAAAAUGAUGGAAGAAUCUUGCGUCUGUCAGUCAGCCGGUCUGAUGUGGCUGCAGCCAUUGCCACAGAUGAACAGAAGUGGACUAUGAAUAACCUGGUGCCAGGCUUAGUGGUAAAAGCUCAUAUUCAAAAGAUCUGUUAUGACCACAUCACUAUAUCCUUCUUGUCUUCCUACACUGGAAUAGUGGAUUUCUUGCAUCUAGAAUCUAAAAAAGCAAACUUGUACCAAAUAGAUCAGUUGGUUAAAGCUUGCAUCCUGUGGAUUGAUAAAUCUUCCAAGACCAUACGACUGACAUUACGCAAGACCUUCCUGCAACCUGGGAAGCUGAUGAAACAACUGUCCAGUAACUGGAUUGGCACAAUUCAUGAGAAGUGUACGGUGAAGGCACUGUAUAAAAAUGCUGGAGCAAUAUUUGAGCUGGAUGGGGAAACAACAGCUUUUGCACUUAAAUACCAUCUACUUUCCAACAAGUCAAGUGAUCUGAAUAGCUUUAAAGAAGAGACUGUCCACACUGGACGAGUGGUGGGGUUUAGCCCCAUGGAUGAAACAAUUCUACUUUCUUUCAAGGAGACAGUCAUUGAAGAACCUUUUUGGAAGCAUGAGGAUAUACAUGCUGGACUACUUCUAGAGGGAACUGUUAACAAGAUUGAAACUGAAGGAAUAACCGUGAAUAUCACCAAACGCAUCAGUGGUCUCAUACCAAAUCUCCACAUGGCAGAUGUCACCUUGAACCAUCCUGAGAAGAGAUACACUCCUGGGAAAAAAAUUAAAUGCAGAGUUCUAAAUGUGAAUCCAUCAGCCAAAAAGCUGAUUCUUACCCGAAAGAAAACCAUGAUCAAUUCAAAAUUGCCAAUAAUUGCCAGUUUCCAUGAUGCAAAACCCGGCAUGAUCACUCAUGGCUUUAUCUGGGCGGUGAAAGAUUUUGGAUGCAUUGUUAAAUUCUAUAAUGAAGUCCAUGGACUUGCACCAGCUCGAGAGUUAAGCUCGCAUUAUAUCCCAAUAAUUCAAGAGGCCUUUUAUAAGGGACAGGUGAUCAAGGUAAGGGUGCUGGAGUGUAACCCUGAAAAUAAGACAUUGCUGCUGUCCUUCAAGAUUAUUGAAGAAACCGGCAAUGGAGAACAGGAACAGAAUAGUGGAAGGAGAACACAUUCACACUUGCAGGAACCUGGAAAGAUAGUGGAUGUAAGAAUUGCAAGCAAGACUGAUACAGAGCUAAAUGUAUUCAUUCUUCCUGAGGAGAGCCCUGCAGUACUUCCCAAAGUUCAUUUGUCUGAUCAUGUGACAAACUGUGAGCUCCUCUUCCACUGUUUAAAAGAGGGUGAUGAGCUGUCUCAAGUGAUGUGUCUGAACACCACCAAAGGGCAAACUAUAUUGACCAGAAAAAAAUGCAUUAAUUUCAUUUGUGGAGAGAGGGUCUUGUGUAAAAGAUUUCUCUGAAGUUCAAGUUGGAAUGUUUCUCACUGGAUUUGUUAGAAAUGUUAUGUCAUAUGGAGUGUUUGUGGAAUUCUUGCAUGGGCUGAUUGGACUGGUCCCCAUCUCAGACGUCAGUGACAAAUUUGUGACUGAAAUCAGUGAUCAUUUUGUGCAAGGGCAGACGGUUGUUGCGAAGGUAACAAACAUUGAUGAGCAAAAAAAACGCUUCCUGUUGACACUAAAGAUGUCAGAGUGUGCCCCUGAUGACUGUUCAGCUGACAGCUUCUCCAAGAUCAACCAGUGUUUCAAUGAGCUGCGGUUCUGUAAGAACCUAAUGAAAAGAAAUGAACUGGAUGAAGGAGAGACGAUCUAUUCUCUAGUGCCAGGAAAAAACCUAAUCCUUGUUGUUGAAAAAUUGGAAGAUAAUGGUUCAGUUCUGUUAAGCACUAGCCAAGUCCCUGGAGCUCAAAAAAUAUCAACUGUGCAACGAAAGGGAAUAGAAAAACCUUUAGCACUGGGACAGAAAGUAAAGGCUGUGGUUCUUCAUGUUGAUAUAUUGAAAGCUCACGUCCAUGUCUCCAUAGAAGAAGCUUUGCUAAAGAAGUGUAAAGAGAAUUUUCCAGAAAAAUCGGUGCACUCUGCAGUCAUACAGCAUUUGUCAGAAGAAUUUGCUGUGGCGUCUUUAAAAGGUACUUCAAAGCUCGUGGCUAUCCCACUCAAACGACACUUUAAUGACUCUUUUCGGCUUGAAUCUGAAAGGCUAAGUCUAGGACAGAAGAUCUCAGUGACGUUAUUGUCUGUGGAUGUUGAUGAACAUGGAAUUCUAUUGGCAGUGCAAAAUACCAGCUCAGGAAGGGAAAAAAGGCAAGAUGCCACUGAACUUUAAAAAAAGAAAGCCACUUCUUGGAGAAAUUAUCACUGGGACUGUGAAAAGUGUCAAGCCCACCAGUGUGUUGGUGUCUAUUACGGAUAAACUAAUGGGUUCCAUCCAUGCCUCUCAGAUCAUGGAGAAUGUUCUUACAGGUGCCCUGCCUACAUCCAAGCUUAGGCCUAAGCAGAGCGUGACUUGUCGUGUAAUAGGAGGACGAGAUAUCAAGACACGCAAGUUCCUUCCCAUUAGUCACCCUCAUCUGAUGCACUCAGUUCUUGAACUCAGUGUUCUUCCCAGUCUUUUGAAUACUGAGGUAAAUGUUGAAAGAGAAAAACCCCUGAAUACAUACUCAUCUGGUGAUGUGGUGACCUGCUAUGUAGGCAAGUAUAACAGAAUGAAGCAAUGUCUGGAGGUAGAAAUCUCUCAUGGGGUUCGUGGCAAAGUAGAACAGCUGCUUAUAUCAUCUUCUGCUAAGGUCUUCAAGCGUCCAGAGAAACAUUUCAAACACGGAGAGGCGCUAUCUGCUACUGUGGUUGAGGUGGAUAAAACACGUAAAAAGCUCUUUUUGUCUUUAAUAGACCUUGACGCUCUGACAGAGGGUUGUAUCACUUAUGGCUGCGUAAAGAGUGUAAUUCCAAGUACAGGCCUACAGAUAACCUUACCAUUUGGAAAGACCGGAAGAGCUAGCCUCUUCCAGUUAAAUGACUGCUAUGAUGAAAUCUCCCUGGAGAAGUUUGCCGCUGGAAUGUUUGUAAGGUGUUGCAUACUCUCUGUUGGAACUAAAAUAGAUGUGUCCCUAAGAGAAUCCCGAAUAAAUCCUGGAAAAGUCAGCAAACCGAUAGAUGAAGACAUCUCUUCUAUCGACUUCCUGAAGGAAGGGCAGCUCAUUAAAGGUUUUGUUAGUGCAGUUACAGAGAAAGGUGUGUUUUUCAGGAUAUCCAGUUCGCUUGAUGGUCAUAUCCUAUUCAAGAAUGUCACCUGUUGUUAUGUUGAAAAGAUAGAGAUGUACAAGGAACACAUUCCUGUAGGAAAGUUGCUUACUGCCAAAAUUAUUUCUAUAAAUAAAGAGAAGAAUCACAUAGAGCUGUCACUUCUUUCUGAUGAUACUGGAAAUCCUGAUGUUAUCCCGGAGUCUGCUGGCUUCAAAUUGAGGAUAAAGAAAGGAGAUAAAAGAAAGAGAAGACGAACAAAAUCUGAAAGUGAAGUCAAGAGCUCUAAAAAGAAGAAAUCCCAGGAGUCCCAGGAUGAUGAAGACAGUGGAGUUGAGGUUCAUUGUCGAGAAAAGCAGGAAAAGAAAAAAGCUGGCAAGAAGUCUCCAGCACCCCGGCUGCAGGUUUCCUCUGGAUUUUCUUGGGACGUCAGUCUGAAUACUCUCAAAACUUCUUUAACUGAUGGAAAGGAGAGUAGUUCAGACAGUGAGGAGGAUGAAGAGGAGGAGUGCCCCAAGAUCCAGAAAACGAAGAGCAAGCAGAAAGAACAGGAAGCAGAAAAGAGACAAACUGGAAAAGAGGUCACGGAUCCAAGUCAGCAACCACAGUCAAUUAAUGAAUAUGAGCGCCUCGUCCUCAGUUCCCCUAACAUCUCUACAAACUGGAUUCAGUACAUGGAUUUCCACCUCCAGGCCACUGAGCUGGAGCAAGCAAGGGCUGUUGCAGAAAGAGCCCUGCAGACUAUUUACUUCAGGGAGGAGCAAGAGAAGCUGAACGUAUGGGUGGCCAUGCUCAAUAUGGAGAAUACAUAUGGCACAGAAGAGACUCUGCUGAAGGUGUUCGAACGAGCUGUUCAAUACAACGAUCCAUUGAAAGCAUUCCAGCACUUGGUGGAAAUUUACAUUAAGUCAGAAAAGUUUAAGGAGGCUGAUGAAUUGUUCAACACGAUGGUAAAGCGUUUCAAACAGGAAAAGUCCGUAUAUUGGAAAUAUGCCACGUUUCUUCUUAAGCAAGGCCAGUCAGAGGCUGCUCAUCGCUUACUGCAGCGGGCACUGAAAUGUCUUCCUGAAAAAGAGCAUGUUGAUGUAAUUUCAAAGUUUGCCCAGCUAGAGUUUCCAUCUGGGUGAUCCUGUACGAGCCAAGGCUUUGUUUGAAAGCACACUGAGCAGCUAUCCCAAACGAACAGACAUCUGGUCCGUAUAUAUCGACAUGAUGGUAAAGCAUGGCACUCAAAAGGAAAUCAGAGAUAUAUUUGAGCGAGUUAUCCACCUUAGUUUAGCAGCAAAAAGGAUCAAAUUUUUCUUCAAGCGUUAUCUGGAAUAUGAGAAGAAACAACAUGGCAGUGAGAAGACUGUUCAGGCUGUGAAGGAGAAGGCUCUGCAAUAUGUUGAAUCCAAGAGUUCUGUGGGCACAAGCUAG